CUUUCGUACUAGGUUUUGCUUUCGAUGACGAAGACGAUGGAUGUGGAUAACGGACGACUCACGACGAAAUGCAUCUACAACUAACAAGUCCUAUCUCAAGCAUGUAUCCAAGAACAAGAUGAAAAGUUUGUAGUCGGCGACACGCGCGCACAAUGACUGAAAGAUGCUGGAGCUGCGGUCAGAGUCAUAUCCUGAGUGUGGAGCACGAACAUAGCAGGGAGAUGACAAGCUAUAGGAGCAUGGCUGCCGUCCUGUGCGCCGACGUUGAGUUCGCUGAGACUCUCCGAUGAAAGUGCACUUGCGACAUGAGACGGCCGAUUCGUCACGGGAGGCACUGAGCGACACGUCGUACGUAACACUGUCAAGUGUACGCCUGCGUUUGGGAGGCACAGAGCGACACGUCGUACGUAACACUGUCAAGGCUUUCCCGACACACAGCUCCGAUUUCGGUCCUAACGCAGCUGCCCCUUCGGUACGCAGCAUAGGCUAAGCGUCUAUCGCUCGGAGCUUAGUCCGAAGCCGCAAUACACAUAACCAUGGGUCUUUUUUCGAGUGGAGCUCCAGGCGACGACUCUGCUAUUGCGUCCCCUCAGCGCGGCAGCGGGUUGAAGUCGCCUAUCUCGAUUUCAAGCAAAGCCACCGCAAGGACCGGCCUCUUCAGUUAUGCUAGAAUACUUGUGCUUGUCAUGCACUUGUUAUCAUAGUUCCCACUUUAUUUCGAUCUGAUCCACGUUGGCUUGUGCAGCAGGCCGGUUAGGGAAAACUAGACCGUCAGCUUCGCUCGCUCGGAUACUGGUAUCAUUAAUCUAACGCAACUGGACCCUGGGCUUGGCAGAAGCCUACGGUUUUCACCUGAUCGUGCUCGUCUUCACUGGACAUCAUGUCUUGAAAUUAUGGCUGGAGGGGCAUACUCACAAGAAUAAAUUUGUAAGGGAUCGAUGUUGGUACUGCUGCUUUCCAAAUUAUCAUGAUUACUCUCAGACAUGAUGCAAAUGAAUUAUGGUUUCCGUUAGCACUAGUUGUACUCAUUCGCAUCGCUACAUCAUUUUUUCAGCAGGAAGACGGAUCUUUUUCGUAAAUGUCGCUAAGAUAAGGCUUUGUCGGCGGUGGAGGGUCUGCCGGCGUCGUUGGAGCAGGCAUGGAAUACCAUUUCAGAAAUCACAAGGUACAACUUCCUGAACUGCACCACCUGGACACGCAAGAGUAUCGGAAAGUAUGUAGCAAGUGCUAUUCUCCAUGAGGACUGAAAUUGAUGAAGCUGUUUCUACUUGUAGUAUUGUCAAAUUUCAUCUAUUUUUCACAACAGGUUUCCGGCGCUUCAUUACAGAUCUAUCAGAGUGUUGCGACUCUUCCUUGGUCCAUCAAGGCUUUGAUGGGUUUGACCUCCGACUUUUUCCCCUAUCGAAGACGAUAUCAUAAGUAAGGCUAAGCGUAAGCGUCGAUAACUGUAUAAUAUCAUAAGACUACGAUUUCUUUGACUUUGUACAACUUCGUAGACAGACUACACAGCUAUGCAUAGGACGAAAGCGUGGGCACUAUUUGUGUCAGAAAGAACGUGGUUUGUUGAAAGCCCUAAUCUGAGGCGCCAUAUGUCUGCAUCACGACCCUCAUCGCCUGCGGCUGCUACCUCUUUGUCGGACUAUUCUUUUAUGGUUCGUAUUUUUUAGAAGAUCAAAUGCAUCGAGACAAGAACAUGGAACAUCAUACAAACCCAAGCAUCAUUAGAACAUGCUGGAACGACUUACUUACUCAAACCAAAGUAUCAUUUGUCAUUUUCUCCUUUCGAUUGUCAAUAAUUCGACCAUAGAGAGAGAGUCGAGGCAGAUGUCCUGCAGUCUAACUACAACUGUAAAUGUUGAUUACCACCCCCCCUUUAAGUCAUUCCCCUACACCAUCUCUAAUCAUCCGUCUCCGUCCAGGUUUCCACGGUGUGCUUUUUCUUCUGUUUCUUUCAGAUGAGCCUCACGGACUUGAUGGUCGAAGCGAAAUAUGCUGAGAAAGUCAAGUUAAGGGUCCUGACAGUGGGUUUCUCUUUCUUCCAGAGUUUGCCCAAAAUCUUUCUUCUUCCACGAUAAGAAUUGGCGACCUCGUAGAACAAUUAACUCAGGGCUGGUUCUUCUUUAGCAAUUGCCGGUAGGAAACUCUAACCGAACAAUUUCCUGAGAAGGGACCGGAUUUGAUUUCGUUCGUGUGGGGAGGCAUUAGCCUAUGGACGCUUUUCAUUAUGACAAAUUCAUAAGGACGACCAAUCAUGGGUAAGGGUAUGUCUAUCAUAGCAGCAGCUGUAGGUGUAGCACACUCGUUUCCGUGCUGCUUUUGCACUUUCUUUGAUCUACUACAACUCAAUAAUGAAACGACCUUCUCUAUCAUCGCUGACACAUCAGAAUCCACAUAUUCCCAUGCUUCAUUCAUCUAAUCCCUGCACAAUAGUGGUCGGCCAGCUGAUCCAAGCCGUUGGCCCGGAAGCAUGCUUCGUCCUGGCUAUGCCUUUUGCAGCGCUGAUCCUAAUCCCAACACUCCUGGACUAUUUCGAAGAAGGUCCAGCAUACGAUCAUGUUGCGAGCACAGUUAAGGUUUGGUCUCGGAUCUGCAUGACAAGCGUCGUGCGUCUUUGUUUUUCGAAAUUGUACUUCAGAAAACUUCUGCUUUAUUUGCUACUCAGCCGUAGAUUCUCAUUCUUGUUGAAAGAGGGACUCAAGGGCGCUAUUACGAAAGACAAGGACGACUUCCCUGCAUUCUGAUCCGCAAUGCUUCUCCUAAGAUUCACGAAGAAGCUGCCACGACCGCUGGGGAACUGACGACCUCAACAUGUAUGCGAGGAAUAGAAGGCUAUCUUUCUGGUAUCUGCACGAAUCGUAGUGGUCGUACUAGAACUAGAUGAUCAUAAGAAAGUUGGCAAUUUUUCACCUGGGUGUCUCUGUUGUACUUCAUUGCAAUUAGCAUGAUACUAACUAAAACUAGGCAGACGAGCAAAACAGAUCUUAUUUGCAUCAUUAAAAAUUUCAUUCCUUCAAGCAGUCGAACCGACACUGGAGUUUCAUCCAGGCAGCUUCACGGACGAACAGCCAGCAGCUCCCUAGCAGAUCGGCUGAGUGCAAGUCCUGGCACACGCGAACUAGAAGAUCCCUUGAAGCUCGAGGAUGAGGGGGACUCGGAAAUUAUGGAAAAUAUGGAGAUGCAAAUGCAUACUGUUGUUGUUGAGAUUUUUCGAUGUAUGCAUAGGCAGUUCACUAGAUGAAACAGGUUCACGGCGCUGGAAAUGGAAUGAAUAUAAAGAAGAACUUGCGAUUGUCAAUAACUGAUGAUUCAAAAAUGAAGUUUGGAGCAUGGAUAAUCAAGCGUGCAAUUGGCCUUCGAAACUUCAUCCUCUAAAACAACAACAAGAAACAACGCUUCUAUGCUACUUGCAUCUCCAGACCCAGCAGGUGGGUCCGACGAAUACAGAAGUGGCGCUGCGGCAGAAGCAUCCUUUCAGGCGACAAGAAUACCUGGCGCUCCGGUUGCUUCGGCAAAUCAGUUAAGACUAAGUGGAUAUCCUUCAUAUUGCAAAAGCGCUCGAUCUUGAUUGCACGCAGAUCGACCAUCUGUGACUGUGCUAGUACCUUCCUAGAUCUGAACAAUGUAACGACGCAUCGUAUCUCUUCCUGAUGACACCGCUGCCGCCUCUAACGAAAGCUGGCUCUCAACUCACUAGCAGAGAACGAGAGAGGAGAAGAGCGUUAGAGGCCCAAGAGGAGCUUCAUCAUAGUGGAGCAUCUAGUACCUCCGCACAAGUUGUGGAGCUGCUUGAUCCAGGAGCCCGAGAGUCAAGCAGAUCGACGUCCGGCCGUUCGCAGGAGCUUCUUCGACAACCAGAAAAUCUUAUGCUUUUGGAGGAUAAUAUGCAUGGUGAAAGCCAAGCAAUUUUGAGACAUCAUCCAAUAAUGUAAUUGAUAGAUAGUGAGGCAUUUCCUUUUCCGUCAAAGAAGAUGAACAAGGUACUGUCGCAGCUUGAUACUACCUACUGCGGACGACCUCUAAGCUCGGGCCGAUACUGUAUCUUGCGCUCUUUAUGGGUUUCAGCGGAAUCACGACAGCAGCCUUCUCCGUUCUUGUGAGCGACAUUUUCUGGAACUUCGUCGUUGCCUACACACUCGGCCUCACGGUCCUUGCAGGACUGACGAUAUGUCUUCGACCAUUGGUUGCGAAAAUGACUUUGUUCUUCUUCACGCAGAACGUGCUUUCAGUGAGCGUCCAUGGAGCAGCUUUUUACUUCUUUACUUAAGACAGUUGUACUUUUUCACUAUCCACUAUGCUGAGUGGCGCGAGUGGUGCUCCCCUUGAUUUAAAUAAAGGGAAGUAAAAUAUCAGGGGAGGCUGCAGCUGCCUAGUUCGUCUAGAAGCAUUUUCAGAUAACGCCCCUACGGUCAUCAGGAAAGUUGGCAACAGGGGCAUAUGCAUGCAUGCACCCCGCUCGACUGGGUAUGGUGAAAAGCUGCCGCUAAUUUACGGACACGAAAGAACAAUUUCCCGAUGGACCGCACUUCGAGCCGAGCUUUUACAUAUCUGCAAUCGGAAUAGUCGCCUCAGUGUUUAGCAUUUUCGGCAUGGCCUUAUACAACAUGUACGCCAAGCAUUGGAACUACCAAAACAUUCUGCUGCUGAGCAAUUUGGUGGCGAUGGCGCUGCAAGUAUUACGGCACCCCAGACUUCUGUAUCCUGAGCGUCAUCCUUGGUUAUUUUUUUACUUGGAAAAGGACUCAAGGAUGUCACCACAGAUGCUACUAAGAUAGCUCUAAAAGUGGUUAGUCUGAUCGUUUUUCUGCGGUGGAACGUGAAGUGGGGAAUAUCCGACGCCUACUUCAUGGUAGCCUCGACCGCGAUCACAAGCGCCGUUUUGCAGUUUGGGUACCAUAACUAGCUCUUCUAACUCUUUAUAUUUUUAAACGGGCUGCAAGUGCGACCAGAUUAGAGUUGUGAUGAUGAUGUAUACCAUGUACAACAUCUGUUUCCAAAGACAAACACUUCGACUUCAUCCUUUCGUCCUCUUUCCAUAUCUCCCUCAGCUGGAUGCCUGGCACAGUAAUGCUCGCUCAACUGGUUCCGCGUGGUCUCGAAAGCACCAUGUACGCGCUGCUUGCUGGUAGUUUUAACAUGUCAUCAAUGAUGAGCAAUUAUAGUGGGGCUUUGCUGUUGAAGAUGCUCAAGUGCGAACCCAACGGUAGCAAGAACGAAGGCGCACAGUUCAACAACCUGUGGAUCGGCGCGUUGAUUAUGGGAAGAAUUGGUUGAGUUGGGGAUUUACAGUACUGACAAAAGAUGCUCUUAUUAUUAUUUCUAGUACAAGUACAAGGAAUCCUUCUACUUCUACCUCUAACGCAAUCGGCGCCUUGCUACCUUGUGUGACGCUAGUUGCGAUCCCGUGGCUGAUACCCGACUGCAAGCAGACCGACAAGCUCUUAGUGGAUAAUCCGGAAUCACCGACUCUAGACAGUAUCUUUAUGGCACGGAUAGGUUGUGGCAAUACAAGAGACCCGGCUGAUUGCAUGUUGAGGUGGAAAGCGAAAGGAAGGAUGACUCUUCGUUUUCGAAAGCUCGAACUGGAUCGCCUUGUACUUCUACUCAUAGAUGAUUGGCAUCUCUAAUACAUGGGAUCGAUUUUUGCGUCGGCGAUAUGGAAAAUUGGACGACGAUAUCGUAAGCACCGGUUCAGGAGGACGAGUAGAACAGGGAGUUAUGGUCUCAUCUGUGCAAAAAAUGAUUUACUUUGUUGUGAAUAAAUCAUGGCGAUCUUAAUAAACAAGUGAUCUUAAGGCCAACGCCAACUUGUUGGGUCAACCACGGGGAUCUAUGAGAGAGUCCGCCAUCUUCGUUGUCGGCGAAAGUCAAAAUUCUUGUUCUAUUUCUAAUUCCAGCACCUCGACCCACCGCGAUCUCGCAGACGGUAACUCGAUGGUGACAGAUGGAGACGAAUUCCGAAACCGACCUCAAGAACGCGUUGGACGACACCCGUUUUCACCCGUUAGAGAAAUCCAGAGUCCUGUCAUCGGCCGAAGCACACCAGGGCAUGGACUUUCGAAUGCUGUCUAGUUGGGUCGGACACAAACUCAUCGAUGUGCAUUGCGAGGGCAUGGACUUUCGAAUGCUGUCUAGUUGGGUCGGACACGGACUCAUCGAUGUGCAUUGCGAGGACAUGGACUUUCGAAUGCUGUCUAGUUGGGUCGGCCACGGACUCAUCGAUGUGCAUUGCGAGGACAUGGACUUUCGAAUGCUGUUUAGUUGGCCAUGUCGGACACGGACGUAUUCAUGUGUAUUGCGACAUGCUGAAAGCACGCAGACUGUCAUGGUCAUGUCUAUUGCGACAUGCGGCAAGCACGCAGAAUGGAGUACGAGCAAGAACGGAGUAAGGCUUAUCGAUCUCGAAGAGAUGAACAUGAAAUAUAGCAACAUCUACUCAUCAUUCGACCACCCCAACAAUUCCCUUCUUCCUCCUUUUCAGCACGAAAUAUGACGACUCACAGACAUCUAUGCGCACGCCAUCAACUCCUGAACCAGAGGGGGUCACCUUCUCGGACUCAAUGUCAAGAUCGUCUUUUCUCACAAGUAGCAUGUUUUGGCUGGUUGCUUGUAGAUGACUCCACAUUACAUUAGACAAUGACAGCACUAUCAUUUUCAUUAUGAAGCUGGUCUUGAUGUGGAAGGCAGGGCUUGUAGCUUGUUGUCGAAGACAGGGC